CAAAGACUAGAUGAGGAAUUCCAGAAGAAACUGGAGAGGAAUAAGAUGAUUGCAGAAGAACAAACAGCAAAACGCAGAAGGAAGCGCCAGAAGUUGAAAGAGAAGAAACUGCAAGCUAAGAAAAAUAAACUUGAACAAAAGAAGCAGGAAAAAGAACCUGAUCAAUCUCAAGAGCAAGUCAGCAGUGAGGAUGAUGAAGAGGAUAGCAAGGAGGAGGAAGAGAAGGAAGAUGAUGCUGAAGAGCCAAGUUUUGUGAUGGGAAGAGGAUGAGGCCUUUCAGGGACAGCUGGAAACACUGUUCAUUGCUUUAUAUUCAGGAGCAUGAAAGUCUUCAUCUCAGCCAAGCAGAACCCAUUGGCGUAUGUUAUAUCUGCUUAACGGUGAAUGACUGUCACAGGCCCAAGAGAUAUUGAUAGAGAAAUGCCAAAUAAGGGAUUUUUUCUUAAUUGCUUGUGUAACUGCUGUGCAGUCUGCUCUAAGUUUGCUCUAAAGAGUCAGCCAUGAGUCUCUGUGACCCUAGAGUUCUUUCUAACAUGGCCCAGAGUGGUUUUCUGCCUGAAAGCUAAAACAUAUCCAUUACCAUUUAAGGAAAAUAUUACUGUGAGGGCUACGUAUUCUACUUAUGUUGAAGGUGGUAGCAGUGGGAUACGUGAAUCUAAGGGAAGUUUAACGUAAAGUAGAAAAAUGGUCUGUAGCCAGACUCUCCUGCACUGUGAGUGUUCUGAAUUUGGGGUUUUGUAUGGGGUCAUCAUCUCUAACCCAAAGAAAUCAGUUUAUGUUGCUCGACAAGUUCUAUAGAUUUUUAAUCAGGAUCCCUUUUUUAUUGCUAAAACUUUCCCUAUGACUUUUUUCCAUGUUUUUUAGAUGAAUAAAGGGGAUGUGUUGGAUUGUUCUGUCUUUUUUUUUUUUUUUUUUUUUUUUUUUUUGAAGAGGAUUUCAGUAAAAUAGAGAGAUGUUUGGUUUGGAGUGCUGCAGGAGGGACAAAAAGACCAACUGAUGUGGCACACAUGAAAAUUCAGAAAAAGGUGUUAGCCGCAUUUCAUUUACAUUUUGCUUUGGGAUUGGAACAAUAUCUUUUCCAAAAUAUUAUGUCUGUAAAGCCUCCAAAUCCUGUGGCAGAAAGGCUUGGAAUGGAAUGGUUUUGCUUCUGUUCAGUUUCAUGUAAUGACACCUGCCUUUCUGUCUGCUUGAGCUCUCUGCUUUGAACUUCGUGUUCCCUGGUAAGAAUGAUAACAUCCAUAUAUAUAUUUACUUGUUGGUGCUUAAAUGAAAAGCAUAUGCAUUGGUGGUUUUAUUUGUAA